AUGGACACAACUAGUCCGUUGGGCUGGUCGUCCUCGCAGUUGGCAGAGUGGUUGAGUGAUCAGGGAUUCGAGGGAUCAAUUGUUGAACUUCUCACGGAAAUCCAUGGUGUAAGUUAACAGUUCUAAGUGCCAAAAUUGCAUUGAAAAAGCGGUUAUAUUUGUGGGGAAUGUUUCAGGUAGAUGGCCCGAUGUUCGUAAAUUUGACAGAAAAUGAUCUCCGGCAACCUCCCGUGGCAUUAAAGAAAUUGGGAGAUAUCAAGAAUUUGAUGAAAGCUCAAGUGCAGCUCAAAUCCGUUGCUAAAUUGGCGUUGAAGUGCGAACAUAUGGAUAGCUUAAGCGAUGGAACAGAAUCAACCAGUCGAUUGCUUCAAACAGCGUCAGAGGAUAGUCUAGAAGAUUUCUUUGGUCGUUCUACCGUGUAUGUGUAAUAUACCAUUCUAGCAUAUUAUGAAUCCAAUUGAAAAUUUACUGGUUAGAUGCCAAAAAUGAUAAACGAAACUUUAGGAAGUCCAUGAAGAUGCGAUGUGGUCUGAUGACGAAAGAAGAGUUAAUUCGAAGUGUGGAGAGUCCGGACACUCAUGUGAAAUCGUGGAUAAAGUUGCUGGUCGCAUUUUUUUACUGCCUUUUAUCUUUGUGGAUCACGGCCUUGGUUAUGGUGGUUGUUCAUGAUCGAGUUCCGGACAUGAAGAUGUAUCCUCCGUUGCCCGAUCUUGUUCUUGACAAUCUCCCUCUUAUUCCUUGGGCUUUCGAGCUCUGUGAGCUUAUUGGAGUGGCAUUAGCUGGUCUUUUCUUAGCAAUUAUCAUUUUUCACAAACACAGGUGAGCCCGAUAUUGUUAAAUAUUGUUUGUUUUUUAGGGUUGUUAUUUUGCGACGAUGUUUUUCGUUGUUUGGCACGGUAUUUCUUCUGCGAUGCGUGACUAUGCUUAUCACUUCCUUAUCAGUUCCCGGGGUGCAUCUUGAAUGCACGGCGAAGGUGAGUGGACUUUAAUUCGAGGAAAGAGGAUAAAUCAUCGUGGGAAAAGACUUUUGAAAGAUAUUUUUUGCUUUCUUUACAUGUUUAUAAAUUGGUCUUAAUGUAACGCAGUGCAAAUGGGUAUUUGCAGAAUUAUGACACCAUGUCAGCUAAGAUCAAACAAGCCUACCAUAUCUGGUCUCAUCUGGGAAUGUCAAUUCAAGGAGUGAGAACUUGCGGGGAUUAUAUGUUCAGUGGACAUACAACAUCAAUUACAUUACUCAACCAUUUUAUCACGGAAUGUACGUUACUUUUAUAUUGUCAAUUAGUUCUUUAGACACCCCUGAAGAUUGGUACGGUCUUCAUACGAUGACAUGGGUAUUGAACAUCUUCGGGAUCUUUUUCAUUUUGGCAGGGCAUGAACAUUACAGUAUCGACGUGUUUGUUGCUUUCUAUAUAUCUUCUAGACUCUUCCUCUUCUAUCACACUUAUGCGUAUCAUCAUGCCAAUUUGUCUUUCUCAGAUUGGAGAGUUCGAGUUUGGUAUCCUUUAGGAUGGUAAGCAAUUAUGACUUUAAUGUGACGGUAUUAAAUUUAAUGAUUGUCAUGUGUAAAUCUAAAUAUUUUUAGGUUCUUUGAGUCCGGUUCGGCGGGUCGUGUCGUCAACGAAUUUGAGAUCCCGUUUAUGGACAAGACCGAGGAAUUAAAAGAAAAUGUGUUUAGAGUUACUCAGCUUGUCCCUAAAAAGAAUUCCAUCGGCAGAAAAUCCGAGUGA